GGGCAGGGUGCGGGGAGGCGUCACGCGCCGGAACCUGCGCUUGCUGCCAAGCUCUGGGCCUGACUCGCCGGGGUGGGGCGUCCCGCGUCCUGGGCUGGCGGCUCCGCGCAUGCUCCUCCCUCAGGCGUCGCAGGCCUCCAGAGGAUCCGGAAGCACUGGGUGCAGCCUGAUGGCGCCGGAGUUAGACACCGCACAGGGCGCCAAGAUGCGGCGGGGCGCGGGCGCGGCUCGGGGACGCGCUUCCUGGUGCCCGGCCGUGGCGCUGCUCUGGCUCGCGGCGGUUCCGGGCUGGCCCCGGGCCUCGGGCGUUCUCUCCCGGCGCCACUGGCCGGUGCCCUACAAACGCUUUGACUCCCGUCCAAAACCUGAUCCUUAUUGUCAAGCUAAAUAUACUUUCUGUCCAACUGGCUCACCUAUCCCAGUUAUGGAGGGUGAUGAUGACAUUGAAGUCUUUCGAUUACAAGCCCCAGUAUGGGAAUUUAAAUAUGGAGACCUCCUGGGACACUUGAAAAUUAUGCAUGAUGCCAUUGGAUUCAGGAGUACAUUAACUGGCAAGAACUACACAAUGGAAUGGUAUGAACUCUUCCAACUUGGCAACUGUACAUUUCCCCAUCUCCGACCUGAAAUGGAUGCCCCUUUCUGGUGUAAUCAAGGCGCUGCCUGCUUUUUUGAGGGAAUUGAUGAUGUUCACUGGAAGGAAAAUGGGACAUUAGUUAAAGUAGCGACUAUAUCAGGAAACAUGUUCAAUCAAAUGGCAAAGUGGGUGAAACAGGACAAUGAAACAGGAAUUUAUUACGAGACAUGGAAUGUAAAAGCCAGCCCAGAAAAAGGGGCAGAGACAUGGUUUGAUUCCUACGACUGUUCCCAGUUUGUGUUAAGGACCUUUAGCAAGCUGGCUGAAUUUGGAGCAGAGUUCAAGAACAUAGGAACGAACUAUACAAGAAUAUUUCUUUACAGUGGAGAACCUACUUAUCUGGGAAAUGAAACAUCUGUUUUUGGGCCAACAGGAAACAAGACUCUUGGUUUAGCCAUAAAAAGAUUUUAUUACCCCUUCAAACCACAUUUGUCAACUAAAGAAUUUCUGUUGAAUCUCUUGCAAAUUUUUGAUGCAGUGAUUGUGCACAGAGAGUUCUAUUUGUUUUAUAAUUUUGAAUAUUGGUUUUUACCUAUGAAAUUCCCUUUUAUCAAAAUAACAUAUGAAGAAAUCCCUUUACCUAACAAAAACAAAACACUCUCUGGUUUAUAAAACACCUUAAUUCUACUGCUUUUUUCGCCAAUCACCAGCAUCUGUUUUUCAGGGGCUGAUUUUACUUUUGUGAAUUUCUUAGCUUUUCUUCCUUGGUGCAGGAAGUUAAAAUGCACAUCAGCAGAACUGCUGCAUAUUAACAUCUCAGGACUUUUCUCUUGGAAAGAAACUGAAAUUCGUACUAUAUUGGCCAAAGUGAGCAAGUUAAGUGAUCUUGGUUUCAAUUUCCGAGCCUUUGUUAAUACAGAGAAUUAUGGUUCAUAUCAGUUAUGUAGGACCUUUGGACCCAAGGUCCCACAGAUAGAUAUGAUGUGCUGAGAUUUUUAAAAUACUUUCAAAAAUAAAAAAAAUACCUUCAGUGACAUUUUCAUGAUGGGAGCUCUUUUUUCUGGUAUGGCAGUUACACUUUUUCACUCAAGUGCUUUAGUUUAGACUGACUUUACAACUUUUAUAACUUCUGGAACCAAGUUUAGUAUAGUCUGAUUACAGUCCAUUCACAUAACUUUAGAGAUUCGUUUAGAAACCGUAACUGGAGUGGUUGUGCUUCUAGAUGUGGCAAAUCCAGUGUUAACACACAUUUCUGGCUGGCAUUUUGGAACUAGCUAGUAACUGGCUUGUGUUAUUUAAGCAACCUAACAUCACUAAAUCCUAGGAUUUAGGAUUGCUGUAAAGAUGGAAGUUGUAUAUGUUUGGCAGGUCACAGUGAAUGGCAGUGAUAAUAUCAAAGAACAAAUUGUCAUCCUUGAUCUUGCCUCAUGUAGUUUAUGUGCCAGACCUUCCCGGGUUUUGUAGUCACCUAGACUUUAAGCUGAUGGCAUAGUGCUUCCGCAGUUCUUCCAGCCGGGGUGUGCAGGUAUAUGGCUGCAGACAUGUUUGCGUAAACAGGCAGCGUCUGACUUCCUCACUGUUUCCUGUAGUUCUCCCUCUUCCCACAAAGCUGUCAGCGCAGUGGAAGAGGUUGCACAUCUCCGAGAGAGGACAGGUUUCGGUCCGAGUUCAGCUGUGCUUUCAUUAGAGCCAGACAAGCUUUCAAGGUCCUUUAAGUAUUUGAUGAUCAACUGAACACGUUUCUAUUCAAGGAUAAAACACCAGUCAGUAAGAAGAUGGAGUGGAUGUCCGAGAAAACAAUUCACAUUUAAUAUGUAAAUGUACCAAUUAUGUGAUUCAGUUUCAGCUGAUAUUCAAGUGCUUCCUGAGAGGUUAGUACAUUAUUACUGAGCUCUCAUAGAAAGCUUAAUCAUAGAUGUAAUUAGCCUGAUCCAAAUGAGUAAAUUGGACCUUAGAAAGGCUAAGUGAUCUUUCUCUGGCUACCCAGCUAGUAGUAAUGAAGUCAGGUCUUGAACCCAGGUUCUGCUGACUGAAUUGGAUGCACUAUAGUACAGGCUUUUUAGCACCAAAGUGUGGUCCUCAGACCAGUGCCUGCCAACCAGAUGUUACUAGUCUGUGAGGAAAUAAGUACAGAUACUGACAGGAAGCUUUUAUAAACUUUUAAAGCAAUUUGUUGGAGUGUUUUUGUUUCUGUUGGGUCUAAUUAAAAAAAUUGGAGCUUGUA